GAAUCAAUAUUGAAUCAAGAUCAUAAUCUCAAACUUAUGAAUUGAAUCGUAAUUCUCACUCCAAUUUGAACUCAAAAGUUGGCAGUCCUGCACAAUCUUUUUUGCCCUUGUACCCAUAUCAUAACAUGCAUUUCCUGUUAUACAGCCUGUAUCAAGUGAUGUGGCCUGUCAAUGUCAUGCACCAUCUUUGAAAAAUGUGUCAGUUCAAACGGAAACCCACAAGCAGAAAAGACGGAGUAAAGCUGUUCAGGUGAAGCCUUUAGGUCACUCUGUUGGUGUGAGUGUUGGUACAGGUAUUGGAGCGCCGUGUCUCACUUCAACACCAAUUAAAAGGCCACGCAUGGAAGACACUGUGUUCGAUGAGAGCUCAACAUACACGUCAAACCAGUGUUCAGAUGUCACCUAUGAGCCUGAUGUCACUCAAGAGAGCAUUGAAAAGGUUUGCCAACCACUAUACAAAGCCAGGAAAUACAUGGUGUAUGAAGAGAAUUUGCUACAGCUGUUUCAGAAGUGUCAAGCAUGCUGCCAUACCUGCACAGUUGAGAAAUGUGUAAAUGGGACAUUUGUAUCCAUCCCACAGGUGAUCAUAAAUGUAGCACUGACAAAUUGUUAAUAUAAUUUUAUAAUUAUAACAAAAUUAUAACAAAUAUAAUUUUAUUUAUUGUAUUAUUGGCAUUUUGUAUAUUGUUCAUAUACAUUUUAUGCUUCAAAAUCGCAUAGAUCUGUUCACACUGCCUCCAAAAAACAAAGUGGAACAGCCAGCCACACAUCCAGAGUACACCGGCUGGGAAUUUGCAUUUGUCGGCAGCAGUAGCCUUCAGUGGGGCUUCAUACAUACAGAUCCACAAGGUACUGACGGCACUCUGUCUGGAAUGUAUAUGUCCCAGGACGUUUUUUAAUCAUCAGAAGACCUUUCUCCAGCCAACAAUUUUAUCGCACUGGAGGACUGAGCAAAACACAAUGCUGGAGAUGGCAAGGCAUUCUGGAAAGGCCGUUGUCUUGGGUGGUGACAUGAGAGCUGAUUCCCCAGGACAUUGUGCCAAGUAUGGAAGCUACACGAUGAUGAACCUGGAAGACAACAAGGAGGUGGACAUUCAGUUAAUCCAGAGUAAUGAAGUGGGUGCAAGUCCACGAAUGGAACGCGAAGGUUUUUUGAGAAGCCUCCAGUUCCUGGAAUCAGCAGGGUUAAGGGUUGGUGCUAUCGUCACAGAUCGGCAUCCUUCGAUACAAAAGUAUCUGAGGGAGCAGCGACCUGAUAUCAAGCAUUUCUUCGAUACUUGGCAUGUCUCAAAGGGUCUCGCCAAGAAGAUCGAUGCACUAGGGAAAGAGCGUAGUUGUGGAGAGGUUCUGGCCUGGAGGAGAAGGAUCAUCAACCACCUUUACUGGUGUGCAUGCUCUUCCAAGACAGGAGAAGAAGCCGUGGAAAAAUGGAAGUCUGUCACCAACCACGUCCAAAAUGUGCACCACCAUAACAGCGACUUGUUCCCAGUCUGCGCCCACCCACCUCUUGAGAUGCGAGCUUGGCUGACACCAAGCACUAAAGCUUUUGAACGGUUUUGCGACCUGAUGAUAAACCAGCGCCUCCUGAAAGAUGUGGCAAAACUGAGCCCUCACCAUCAGACCUCCUCAGUUGAAGGCUUCCAUCGUGUGUGA